CCCUCUUGACCCCGACUAAAUAUGUUUAUUGUUCAAUUUACUCACGGGGAAUUUAGGGGGGUGUUUGGUCAUCCAGCUCGCUUCAGGAUUAUAAAGCACCGCGUGCGCACCGAGGGUAUAAAUACUGCUGCGCGCCGCUCUCCGCUCAGUCCUCGCGUUAAAGGAGAGAGAAUAACCUUUUGUUUUACUUUCAAACAUUUUUUUGGUGGGGGGGGGGAAGAAAACAACAACAAACACACCAGCAUGUCAGUGGUGGGCGCAGUGCCGUUCAUGAGGCCGCUCCAUAUCCGCUCUCCGGUGUCGCAGGCCCGCCGACACACGCUGCCGGCCAGCGAGUUCCGCUCCCUCAGUCCGGAGGAUGCCAUCAGCGUGUUCGAGAUCGAGAGAGAAGCCUUCAUCUCAGUGUCUGGGGAGUGUCCUCUCCACCUGGACGAGGUGCGUCACUUCCUCACCCUGUGCCCUGAACUGUCUCUUGGUUGGUUCGAGGAGGGACGUCUGGUAGCCUUCGUCAUCGGCUCACUGUGGGACCAGGAGAGGCUUACAACGGACGCCCUCACUCUCCACAAGCCCCACGGGACCACCGUCCACAUCCACGUCCUGGCGGUCCACCGGACUUUCCGCCAGCAGGGCAAAGGCUCCAUCCUGAUGUGGCGCUACCUGCAGUACCUCCGCUGCCUGCCCUACGUCCGCCGCGCCGUGCUCAUGUGCGAAGACUUCCUGGUUCCCUUCUACCGGAAGUCGGGUUUCAAGGUGCAGGGCCCCAGCAGGAUCACAGUGGGGCCCCUCGCCUUCAUCGACAUGGUGUACCCGGUCAGGGGCCACGCCUUCAUGCGUCGGAACAGCGGCUGUUGAGGACAGAAGGACCAUCUCCCUGGCUUUCAGUGGCGGUGGGACCACUGCCCUCUUGGAGACCGAAUUCGGGGACGUCUGAGCAGCUUUGUGGCACGCCAGCGGCCGGCGCGGUGCUCGUGAGCAUCACUGUGGUGAGACCAGUUCGUCAGGCGGCGGGGAGAGCGUUCUGACCGCAAACAGCCGAGAACGAGGAGCUGCCAUCCAGCUGUCAGCAACAGCUGUUUGGACAAGUGGUCGGAAACUACAAGUGUAUUGAUCUGUAAUUUAAACAACUAAUCCUUAGAGCAAAGCACUGAAAGAAUGAAAGCACUUAUUUCAAAUGUACUUUUGUAUGAAACUCGUUUAUUUUGAAAAAUGUAUUCUCAUAUUCAAUAGAACGCAGCAUGCUUUGUUUCUUUCUUUGCCCUCUUUUUCUUUUUUGCUAUUUAACCAAUCUAACACUAUGUGUGGCCCUCUAUGAGCCCAAUUUCUUAAUCAAGAAAUCAGUGUCUGACCAAUAUUAUUGCAGUCUGUCUUGUAUCGUUCUGUAUAAACAGCAUGCCUUAGAAGAUUAUUGUUUAUGUGACACUUUGAAUAACGAUGAUGACGGUACGACUAUAAAGUCAAACCUUCAAGGACGAUGGAAUAAGAACACAAAUUGAGGGCAAUCAGCAAUCAAACAUCAGAUAAUAAGUCAAUGUGUUUGUCUGUUGUUUCAUAUUAGGAUUUGAUUGGACCCCUCUGUCUCAAUCAGUGAUUGUUGUGUGUACACAAAAAAAAUCACAGAUGUACAGUAUAUUUCCUACAUAUAUAUGCUUCAAAAUGUCUCCUUGAUAGUCUCCUCUUGCCUUUCCCCUUGUAGAAAAUCACCACCUCU